AUGUCAACUAUAUCAAACGGUACAUUAGAUUCUCUGGAUCAAAGAGUGUACAUAGAGAAGGCUUCAGAGCGUCUUUUGUCUUUCUUAAAUCCAGAACCAAUGAUAUAUUACACACAUAACCCAGCCAUUUUAUUUUGGACUUUCACGUCUCUGAGAAUACCUGAUAAAUUUAAAAUAAUCGUCUUAUCUGAAUGGUUUAAAACAGAAACUUCAUUACCCGAGGAUAUAGCUAAGGAGACGUUAGUUUGGGAAUUAGUUCUGAACGUUAUAAUUCAAAGUAAGGACAAAACGAUAUCUGAAAAUUGUAUGGAAGCGUUAAACACUAUUAUAGAAGACGGGGACGAGGCUGACAAAGAAGAAUUCGCGGCUAUAACCUGGGGAUUACUACCUGAGGUUUUAUCAAAAGCCUCAAUAGAUUCUCAUGAUGUACUACUAGACACAAAUAUCACGUAUAUCCUCGACAUAGCUACGUCACACCCGCCGUCUUAUAUUGAGCAGUCGAUUUGUAUAAAAGUGGCUGUAUUCAUCACGACUUUAUUCACUAAGUCGAUAACAGAUAUAGAUUUCAAAGCUAGGUAUGACUAUGAGUGCGCCUGUUUGAAACUGUGCUUGAUAUUACUGGGAAUGUCUAAGGAGGAAAGCGAUAAUAAAGUAUCAUUAACAUAUAUAAAUCGAGAGGGUUUUCUAUCUCGAGUAUUAUCUUCUAUCGGGAGCUCGGACGACGGCGUCUCCCACGCGGCCGUAGAACUACUGACUUAUAUAGUAUAUAACUUUACUAUGAAUAAAUACCAACCGACUUCAGUUCUAGAAAUACAAACAGAUGUUAUAAUAAAUUAUCUUCGUCAAGACCGUGAUAACGAGCGGUCCACGUCUCUACUACAAUUAAUUUAUAUGAUACUCAAUUCUGUUCCCAACACUCCAUUGGUUCUGAAUUAUAAUUUCUUUACGAAUCCUUCAGAAAAUCUUAAUUUCUACGGUUUGAGAGCAUUAAUGUUCAGAGUUCAAAUGAUGCUGUGCAGUAGGGACUCUAAAAAUCAAUCACCAACCGGAUGGAAAACUCUUAGCUCGAUCUUCAAAUACGCCAUUUCAUAUAAAAACGAUCCUAAACUAGUGGCAACCCUAACAUCUCAGCCGUGGACACACACGCUCAUACGAUUCCAACUGACACAGAACAUUACACAGGAAUUCCUUACAUUCACACAAAACUGGUUGACACUACUCAAAAUAACAAUACGAAAAAAUAGAGAAAUUACCAAAUAUUACAUAUCUAAACACAGCCUUAUUUAUAAAACAUUAACGCUGUUGAAGAAUAAUUUGAACGGCGACGAUUUGAAAGAAAAUAAAAAAGAGCUUUUAGUUGUUGUCAACGAUAUUAUGGAAUACGGUCAAAGUAGAGACUAA